UUCAUGCUUGAAAUUAAGGCACCAAGAAUAAUCAGUUUGGUUAACUUGCUAACCUCCAACCUUCCUUGGUCCCCUUUUCUUCUCUCUGCUCACCUCCUUCAUAUACUCAGUGCAUUUUUUCUGCACGUCCUCUUCCAACCUGUUACAUUUUGUCUCUAAUAUGGAUAUCCGGCGGCAGUUCCCUGACGUGCACUGGGUCUGGAAAGGAGGCAUCUCCUUUGUUUAUGAGGUCCAUCCUCGCAUCGUGGUCAAAGUCCCGAAAUCUGGCGACUUUGAGAGGGAGCAAUUUCGGAAAGAACUCAAGAUCUAUGAGAUCUUUUCUCAACAUCCGCCCUGUCCUUCCAUAGUCCAGUGUUUCCUCUACUCGGACAACGGCAUCUUCCUCGAAUACAUGCGAGAUGUAACCCUCUGUUCGAGAAUACAAAAUAACCAUACUCGCGACCAGCAAACAGCUGUGGUUACGAAAGUGGAGAAGCUGGAACCUCUAUCCCUACGAAAGGAAUGGAUGAACGACCUCGCUCAGGCCGUUGCUUUUCUAGAAUCGCUCAAUCUCGCACAUGGCGACCUACGACCCGAAAACAUUUUACUUGAUCGCAACCGAUUAAAACUGUCAGAUUUUGAUUGUACGGCUGAAAUUGGGUCAGAUUUUGAAGCUUGCAUGGCCCCGUAUGGAAGAAUACUCAACAGCGACGAGCAGGAUCAAGGACGACGUGGGAGUUCUGGUUUGCUAGGUCCUCGAACCGAACAAUUCGCGUUGGGCUCCCUGUACUACCUCAUAAACUACGGCUUUGAGGUUUACGGAGAUCGACAUCUUACCGAGGAUCCUAAAGAGCAUGGACGCAAAGUUGUGGAGUUACUGCAGAACAUGGAAUUUCCGAAGUUAGAUGGUGAUCCGUUAAUUGACGAAAUCAUCAUCAAAUGUUGGCACAACAAAUAUCCCACGAUUGCGGAAUUGGCCGCAUACACAGAGACCCUCCUUCCUGGAAAACACAACUGGAGAGACACCGAAGCCGAAGAAAUAUCCACCCCGCAAUGGCGUAGGGUUAUAGGCCGUGUCAUUCGCGGGUUAUGGAAGGCUUUCAAAUCUUCAUGGGUUUUCGUGCUCUGUCUCACCAGAGAGGCAACCAAGCCUGAAAAAACUAAUGGUGGAGAACCGGAUUGCUAUAGCGGUGGCAUCAGACAACACGACUCAGCAGAGGAUUUCUCUCCAAAAAAAACAUUCUGCCAGAACCUGGAGAAGCGCGGACUUCUUAAUAUGCUUUCUUUGGGAGAGCCAGAGCAACUUGGAUUCAGUAUCGAGUGGUAUAGACAUUCCACAAGUUGAAGCAAAAGCUCAGCUACAGAUUUCGACCAAGGAGAAAUCCAAAGCGUUGACCAACAAUCAACAAGGUGGUAAAGCAUAUCAUGAAGAUUCGCAAAAUGAAGACUUGUGCACAGAGACGAAGUUGCGACUGGUCUUGGUUGGGUACAGUAUUGUCUGCAGCACCCUUGGGAAUUGCAUUCCUCCAAUUCUUAACUUCCAUUUCGCACUCACGCUACUGCAUUUCAAAGCCUUCCAAUAUGGGUGGGACUGCCUAGCGCCUCUUCAUCCAAUCAAGUACAGCUAAAGAUGGAUGUUCUGAACCGCGUCUCGCCUACACAAUCAUCACAGGUUAUCGUAUAACACGAUUUCUUUUACUUGCUGCCAAGAAAACAAUAAAUGUCUUGUUUGGAGCCUAAUGAAAGCGCCCGACGCCGAAGAGCAGUGAGC